GCCACGCACAGCACAGUCGGUCAGUUAGGAAUGGGGAGAUUCAGCAUAGGCCUACUUGUUGAUCACUAGUGGAAAAGGGGAAAACGGGUGUGAUACAAGAUUUUACAGCUUGUUUAGUCCUCUUUUAAGCAUGCUUGAUUUGGAGUUAAUGUCUUAAAAAAACGUCUCUAAUACACAGGCAGACAUCGAAGCAGUUCACCAGUGACAUUUCCAACGCAUUUGGCUUUUCAACGUGUUGAAAUGUUUCUGCUACUCUUUGGUUAAAAGGAAGGUCCACAGAAAUGGGGGAGAACAGAAACUUGCCUUCUGGACCAAUCUGACCAAUAUCGUUUCAGAUCCAAUUCAAUCUUAAGUGGCUGAACGUCUUGGGUGAGGAUGAAUAAACGGGGCUCAAGGUCGACCACCUCGCUUGCACCCGAGCCGGUGGAAAUAAUCCGUAGCAAGUCGCACUCCCGCCGGGUGAGACUUAACGUUGGGGGUCUCCUCCAUGAAGUUCUAUGGAGAACACUGGACAGAUUGCCGCGAACAAGGCUAGGCAAACUACGAGACUGUAACACCAAUUCCUCUCUCCUGGAGAUAUGCGACGACUACAGUUUAGAUGAGAAUGAGUACUUUUUCGACAGGCACCCCGGGGCUUUCACGUCCAUUCUCAAUUUCUACCGCACGGGAAAGUUGCACAUGAUGGAGGAGAUGUGUGCCCUGUCUUUCAGUCAGGAGCUGGACUUCUGGGGUAUAGAUGAGAUCUACUUGGAAUCUUGUUGCCAGGCCAGGUACCACCAGAAGAAGGAUCAGAUGAAUGAGGAACUCAGACGAGAAGCAGAGACUGUAAGGAUCAGGGAAGGCAAUGAUUAUGAAACCACAUGUUGUUCGGAGAAGCAAAUGAAACUUUGGGAUCUCCUGGAGAAGCCGAGUUCAUCAUUAGCUGCUAAGGUUCUAGCCAUCAUCUCCAUUCUCUUCAUCGUGCUGUCAACCAUUGCCCUGUCUCUGAACACGCUGCCGGAUUUACAGGACAUAGAUGAGUUUGGCCAGGUGACAGACAACCCUCAGCUUGCUCACGUAGAGGCAGUAUGCAUCGCCUGGUUCACCAUGGAAUACCUCCUUCGCUUCAUCUCCUCGCCUAGCAAGUGGAAGUUCUUCAAGGGGCCCCUGAACAUCAUAGACCUUCUGGCUAUCCUGCCUUACUAUGUAACCCUUUUCCUGACUGAGUCCAAUAAGAGUGUUCUACAGUUCCAGAACGUCCGGAGAGUGGUCCAGAUCUUCAGAAUCAUGCGUAUCCUCCGUAUUCUGAAGCUGGCCCGUCACUCCACGGGGCUCCAGUCGCUGGGCUUUACGCUGAGGAGGAGUUACAAUGAGCUUGGACUGCUUAUCCUCUUCCUGGCCAUGGGCAUCAUGAUCUUCUCCAGCCUUGUCUUUUUUGCUGAAAAGGACGAGGAGGACACCAAAUUCAAAAGCAUCCCAGCAUCCUUCUGGUGGGCCACUAUAACUAUGACCACAGUGGGUUAUGGGGACAUCUACCCAAAGACUUUGUUGGGAAAGAUUAUUGGGGGUCUAUGUUGCAUAGCUGGAGUGUUGGUGAUAGCCUUGCCAAUCCCGAUCAUUGUCAACAACUUCUCAGAGUUCUACAGGGAGCAGAAGAGGCAGGAGAAGGCCAUCAAGAGGCGGGAGGCCUUGGACAGGGCUAAGAGGAAUGGUAGCAUCAUCUCCAUGAACAUGAAGGAGGCAUUUGCACGCAGUGUUGAGCUCAUGGAUGUUGUGGUAGAACCGAAUGGAGAGAACGUAGCAAAGGUGCAGGAAAAUCACUUCUCUCCCAGCCAUGGGAAAGGCAGUCCCAAGAGGACCACCGCAAAGACGGAGUACACCACGUGCCUGGAGCCUAACUCACCAGACAAAGCCCACGCUGCUAGCCCUCAGCGCCUCAAUGCUCAGAAACUGGAGGAGAUGUACAACAAGAUGGCCAAGACCCAGUCUCAACCUAACCUUAACAGCAAGGACAAGGGGCCUUUGUCUAAAUCAGCCAAAAAGAGAGAUGAGAUAGAGAUGGGAAGAAUUCCUACAGAGACUGCCCCAACGUCAUACAUGAGAAGUAUGUCCAGCAUUGACAGCUUUAUGAGCUGUGCCGCUGACUUCACUGAAAGCACCCGUUUCUCCUCCAGCCCCUGUGUACCGGGGAGAGUUAGCGCCAACCCUGUGCUUGAGACCACUCUGGAGCAUGAGUCCAUGAAGGGCCCCCACACCACCACCAAGCACCUUGGAGGACGAGGAUUUAAGCCCGGCCUGUACUCUAACAGCCCCAGCCAGCACCUCAACAAACCCCUCAAGAACCGCCCCUUCAAGGUCAACUUCAGAGGCAGGGACGAAUGCCUCAGCACCUCCUUCUCAACCCCGGUACCGGGAGGUGGGGCCCAGUCAGAGAGCUCCAUCCACUCUGAUCGCUCCCUCAUGUGUCCUGACGUGUCAGUCUACACCACGGCCAGUAACAGGACGCCCCCUCAUGAGUCCCUGAUGCCCACAGUCUUCACAUUCCACGACGCAUCCAUCUGCACGUUCAUUGAUGCUGACACAGACGAAGAGGAGCCCCACCAUGGCGGCUCAGGCAGCAACCCCUCCCAGAGGAUCCUGGGAAAAUUCAGCCCAAAGAUCAGCUCCCACGGCAGCCACCGCCGUGCAGCCAACCAUCUGGAAGGCUCCCAGAGGAUGCUGGGUAACAGAUUAAAGCCCAUGGAGGGCUGGCCUGUGGGAGGACAAGAGAACCAUGUGGUCUCCCGAGGAGAGAGAAGUCGUUCUACCUCUCAUAGUAAGAGCAAAUAAUGCAGGCGAGGGGACAGGUAAAACCAACACUAAGACAUGGUGCAAAAACCAGACAGAAAUGAGAGACACAUGAACUCUAACCCAUAGCAGAAACUGCCCUCAUAAUUGCAUCAAUAGCAAGCACUGAAAACACGGUGUGUUUUGUAAGAAAUGCUCGAUAAGAAACAUUUUUGGGAACAAAGGAAAGAGCUUUCUAUUCCUUUUCCUGCUACUUGAGGGGAGAAGUACCGAGACCAUCUGGAGGAUGUUUCAACUGGAAGAGAGAAUUCACAAGGUUGCAUUGAUGUGGCCGGGGGGGAUGCUGUAGAAUCCAGUCAUACACUGAAUCAAUAUUGUUGUCAAUGUUAUUUUCAGACAUUCAUACUUUUCCUCCAGUGUUCUCUUCAUCAAUACUGGCCUUAGUUAUAUGCUACUCUGUGUAUGUAGCAUGUGUUUGUGUGGUUUUGUAUGUCUGCAAGUAUGCAUGACGAUAGGCAGAUAAACAUUAUGUACAUAUUGUCUCUCCUUCAUAACAAGAAAAGAGAAGAUAAUAGCGUCAUUUCUUUGGCCGGUCAUAUUGUGAUGCUUUCUGAGAGAUGAACUUUCAUCAUUGUUUCAAAAUAGUUUGGGUCAGCCAUUGCAUAGGUCCCUGUGAUAUCCCGUUAGUUCUUUAAUUCCCAUCUUUCCCCAUUCCAGUGUUUGUUGUGAUGAGUGAUGAAUAUUUUCAGUUUGUACAGGGUAUUCUUUGUUAUUUGUUUACUAAUCUGUUUGUUUUUAUUGUGGAUUUCAUCUAUGUUCAUAGACAUUCUUCAUAUCCAAUUAUAGUAUGUCUGGGGGCUAAUGUAAGAGGACAUCCAUUAGAACAUGGAUGUAAGGUGUACAUCCAUGUUCUACCUUAUUGUGUAAG